AUGGGAAAGGACAUAUUUGCUCCUAAUGAUUACAAUUCCACCGCCUGCAAUUAUGUCCCCAAAAUGCACAAAUUUUUGGUUAUUCUGAAAACAGGUGCCACAGAAGCUCUCGAUAAGGUUCCUGUACACUUCGAAACGACGCUUCGAUGUGUACCAAACUACGCCGUUUUCUCAGACUAUGAGGAGGACAUUCUUGGAGUGCAUACGUGGGAUGCUCUCCGCAGUGUUAGCGGAAAAAUAAAGCAAACGAAUUCAGAUUUUGAGAUAUAUAACAGGCUACGUACAUCUGGCCGUGACGGCCUUAUUGCCAAUGACUGGAUGGACGAUAAAAAUGGGCCCUUUGGAAAACCUCGCAAUCCAGGAUGGAAACUUGAUAAAUGGAAAUUUGUACCAAUGAUCGACGAGGCACUCAUCGUGAAACCGGACGCUCACUGGUAUAUAUUCAUUGAGGCAGAUACUUACAUAGUAUGGCGAAAUAUGAUCCAUUGGCUGGCGCUAUUUAACCAAGAAAUGCCUCACUAUCUUGGUACGCCGAUGCAGAUGGGGAACGACGUUUUCGCCUACGGUGGAGCGGGUAUAGUACUUUCAAGACUUGCUGCGCAGCUAGUCUCUCAGUAUCGUGCUGAGAAUUUCACGUCCGUCGAGCAGAUGACUGCGGAAGACUGGGCUGGAGACCACGUCCUUGGUAAGAUCCUCCAUGACAUAGGAAUACCGCUUGUCUGGUCAUGGCCUCUAUUGGUUCCGUCCAGUGUACGGGAAUUCGAACCUUUCACCAGUAAUUAUGGGCGCCGACCAUGGUGCCAUCCGGCUGUUUCGUUCCAUCAUAUGUCUUCUCAGGAUAUUCAAGAUAUAUGGCUGUUCGAACAGCGAUGGUUUCGAUUUGGAAAAAACUCUGUCCUAUUACACAAGGAUAUAUUUACAUGGCAAAUAUACGAUGUGAUCAGCUCUAAAAAAUACGACUGGGACAAUCUUUCUGAUGAACAGCCACGGACCGAUAGUAACCCUCCUACGACUGCGGAAGGAUGUGCACAGAUAUGUUCUCUUACCACAGACUGUCUCCAGUUCUCCUUCUCCGAUAGAGGAUGCUUUAUUUCUAGUAAAGUCACUAGAGGUGUCGAUCGACCAGGGGUAGAUUCUGGUUGGAUAGCAAUGCGAGUUAAAGCGCUCAUGCGAAAUGCAGGGAAAUGCCCGAACCCACCAUAUAUAACGGAAUAG